GGGAGAGGGCACAGGGCCAGGGGCCCCGGCCAGACACAGGCCCAGGUCUGCGGCUGGCUGGAUGCGGCUGUGGCGCCCGGCAUCGUCUCAACAUGGCCCUGGAGCUCUACAUGGACCUGCUGUCAGCACCCUGCCGGGCCGUCUACAUCUUUUCAAAGAAGCACGACAUCCCGUUCACCUUUCAGUUUGUGGAUCUGCUGAAAGGUUCCCUGUUCAGACGACCCCGAUUGCAUCCAAGAGGCUCCCCUUUGGAUGUCCAGCCGUGUGCUGGGCCCGGCUUCCUUAAAGCAAGGACAGAGCGAGGGCGAUGGGAGCGGGGCUGGGACCCAGGCCCUCAGGGCUUCAGGUCACCACCACAGCAAAGAAUACAUUGACAUCAACCCCCUCAGGAAGCUGCCCAGCCUCAAAGACGGGAAAUUUGUCUUAACCGAAAGUUGCUGAUCCCAAAGAUAACAGGGGAGGAAGUUUCAGCUGAGAAGAUCAAUCACGCGGUGGCGGAGGUGAAGAACAGCCUGCAGCUCUUCGAGGAGUAUUUU